UAUCCAAGAUAAUCUUUUCUGUUUCCUCAUUAAGAUGAGGACCGAUGCUUACCUGACACACCUUAUCUUCUUGCUUCUGGUCUCUGUGGCUGUGUUGCACGCUCAUGCGUCGCAGAAAGCUCAGCUCGAGAAUGUGGCUGUGUUGCACGCUCAUGCCUCGCAGCAAGCUCAGCUCGAGAAAUUCAUCUUGUCCAGAAGAGCUAGAACUAGCAGCAGUGAGGCUAGUCUACAUGGGUGGUCUGGUGUCAGUGUGAGGAGCAGCCUCCAAGUCCGAGCAGGGUACUUGGGCUCCGACCAGAGUGCUCUGAAGGCGGCCGACAAGAUCCCGGCGCUGCCAGGCCAGCCGAAGGGCGUCGACUUCGACCAGUACGGCGGGUACGUGACCGUCGACGAGAAGAACGGCCGCGCGCUCUUCUACUACUUCGUGGAAGCGCCGCAGGAUGCGUCGUCGAAGCCACUCCUCCUGUGGCUUAAUGGAGGGCCUGGAUGUUCGUCCCUUGGGUUUGGAGGGAUGCUAGAACUGGGCCCGUUCCGGGUGAACAACGACAACAAAACGCUCAGCAGGAACAGGCAUGCAUGGAACGAAGUGGCUAAUGUGAUAUUUUUGGAGUCGCCCGCUGGCGUUGGAUUCUCCUACUCAAACACAUCCUCUGAUUACGAUGAGAGCGGGGACUCAAAAACAGCAGAGGACGCCUACAUCUUUCUCGUCAAUUGGCUCGAGAGAUUCCCCGAGUACAAGACCCGUGCCUUCUACAUCUCCGGUGAGAGCUACGCCGGUCACUAUGUCCCGCAGCUGGCCGCUACCAUCCUAAGCCACAACAUGCACCACAAUAGAACAAUAAUAAACCUUCAGGGCAUUCUGGUUGGCAACCCAUAUCUAGAUCGUUAUAAAAAUCAGAAGGGGCGCUUCGAGUAUCUGCACAGCCAUGGGCUGUUUUCUGAUGAGGUUUUGGCCAAUGUCACCAGUCACUGCAAUUUCAACUCUUCAGAUGCUGAAGCAUGCUUACGGACAACCGACUGGUUUUACUACGGCCCCGUCGAUCCCUACAACAUAUACGCGCCCAUCUGCAUCGACGAACCUGAUGGAUCCUACCAUUCCAGCAGCUAUCUACCAGGGUACAAUGCAUGUGACUACUAUCCUACAGUAACAUACCUCAAUAAUCCUUUGGUGCAAGAGGCUUUUCAUGCUAGGAAGACUGAAUGGGGUGGCUGCACAGAUCUAGGUUGGAAAGAUGCGCCAGAUUCUAUGGUCCCAACUCUCAAAUGGCUCAUCAAGCAUGGGCUGCCCAUAUGGUUGUUUAGUGGAGAUUUCGAUGCCAUAUGCCCACUCACCGCAACAAGGUACACUAUCCAAGAUCUGAACCUCUCGGUCACAAAGCCAUGGCGUCCAUGGACAGCAAACAUGGAGGUGGGAGGCUAUGUUCAGCAAUACACUGGAGGUUUCACAUUUGUAUCCGUGAGGGCCGCUGGGCAUAUGGUUCCAUCAUUCCAACCUGAGAGAGGACUCAUACUGCUUCACUAUUUCCUCAAAGGGGUGCUCCCACCUUUUACACAAGAAUAGUAAAUUAUAACAACUUUGUACGGCAGGUUGCUUAUCAGUCAGCAACGAAGCUGGAUAACAUGAGGAUGGCGUGAGGGCUGAUAAGCUGUCACCAUUCAAGUCAGCUGUGUUAGUCAUAUAAUUUUUAUGAUUACACAAUACACCCGCUGCUCAAAGUUUGCAAGGCGGGUACAUUGAUAUUACCCUAAGUCGGUGUCUGCAUUGCCACACAAUAUUGAGAUAAUUUAAUACAUAACCUUUAUGAUGAGUUAUCUUU